AUGGCAGCUUCAACACAAACCAAAGAUCUGAUAACCUGUCACGUCCUCGACCAGACCCGCGGUCAGCCCGCGCGGGGUAUGCGCGUGCGCCUGGAGCUAACGCCCUCGACAUCCUCCUUUGCGCCAAACUCGACAUCGUCUUCGUCUGCAAACAACAACGCCGCCGCCGCCGCCACCACCACCGGCUCUGCCAACAACAACAGCGGCCUCUCACCGUCGGGCCCCACGGCCACACUCCACCAUCACCACCACCACCAGUCGGCACCGGCAAAGACCUUCGAGUCCCAAACCGACGAUGACGGCCGCGUCAAGACCUGGCUGCCCUACAGCGCCGAUAACGACAGCGGCGAGGUCCCGGUCUACACCCUCGACGACGUCUUGGGCGAGCUGGCCGCCGCUGGCAAGAGCAGGUGGACCCUGAGGUUCGACACUGGCUCCUACUUCGGGGCUGGUAACACCUUCUUCCCCGAGGUCGCUGUCGUUUUCGAGGUCCAACCAGGUCAGAAUUACCAUGUCCCGCUGCUGCUGAGUCCUUACGGGUACAGCACCUAUCGUGGAAGCUGA